AUGAAGCCCUCCACCUCUGGCGCGUUGCUCUCUGCCGCAGCUUUGCUGCCCACCAUCUUUGCUCAACCCCCAAUGGUACCAGGUACUGGCCUCGAUCCAGAAUGUAUCGACCCUGCCAUGCAAACCAUCAUUUACGAAUAUCCUGCAUAUUUCAGUACAGUGUAUGAAUCUGUCGGAACGAUUUUCAAUUUCAUGGGUGGAACGAACUCUCUCGUCAUUAACGACCCCCCACAGACCAUCGUCACCUCCACGACGUUGACCACAACUGUAGUCACCACAGCCACGAGGACUACUACAGUCACUGAGACUGCAGGAGUCGGAGUCACUGCCACUCUGGGUGCAGGUAUCGCCAGUGGCACCGUCACUAGCAUUCCUUCAACUUCUCCGUUCGCACUGGCAUUCAUACUCGAUUCAGUAGGCGGCCGUCGUCCACAGGGUUUCGCAAGCGCCGAUGGCACUGAGACUGAUCCAAAUGAUGCCGACUACUUCUCUCUGCGGAGUGGAGAACUGCGGUCAUUGAGUGGCGCAAAGGUUGGACGCAACGAGUCUGAUACAUACGCAUCCCUUGUGCCAUCAGAGUACGACAACGAAAUCACUGGAGAUUUCUAUAUGGUCGAUGGAGAGCUGCGUUGGGAUUCCAGCGAUCGUGGUCAAGCUACUUUCUAUGAGUGUGGCGAUGGCUUAUUUGCCGGCUUUCCUGCUGCGCCUUUUAGCAAUUGCACCGAGGUGACUAUUGGUGGUAUCUCUCAAGCCGCUUUGGAAGAUGCGGGCGACAUUAGCACCUCCUCAACGUCUAUGACCCGCACCAGCACUUCUCGAUCGGCGAGCAGGAACAGCACCAGCACUUCAACGUCUAUGUCCGACUCUUCGACAAGGUCUGGCACAAGCUCUUCCAGCUCUUCCAGCUCUUCCGGGCCAUCUUCCUCUUCGAGUUCCUCUAGCUCUUCUAGCUCAUCUGGAGGACCUUCGGGAUCCGGUGACAGCUUUACCACUUCUAGCAGGUCCAGCAGCACUUCCUCCAGCAGUUCCACUAGCAGUGUCACCGGCAUUUCAACCGGAUCUUCGACAACUCGUGUUGGAGGUGGAACGAGCACAACCACCUCAUCAACCUCUUCCACGACGACUAGCGCUGUCAGCACUCCUGCUUCGUGCCCCGCCGAUGACGGUCUCGUUGUACUCGACCUCUUCAAGAUCUUCUGCGCCACUGCUCUCGAUGGCCUGGGUGUUGGCACAGCGACAGAAGAAGUUGAUCUGCAGGCUUGUAUCGAUCUCUGCGCCGAUACCGAGGGAUGUGUGAGCGUAUCUUUCAACCGGGAAACCAAAUUCUGCUAUCGCCACUCCUCUGCACCAACAGCUGAAGGCACUACGACUGGCGGUCCUUUCGACAGUGCACUGGUCAUUGAGCCGAAUGACACCACGACCACUACCACUACCAGCAGCGGUACUUCGUCUACCACAUCUGGCACAACUACUCUUACAAGCACGACCUCUGGCAUUACCUCAACUUCAACAACCACAAUGACCAUGACCUCAAGCACCACAACCGCUGCAACCACGACGAGCGCCGGUUCUGGUGGCUCACUCACAAAUGACUCACCUUGCCCUGUAGCAUCAGGUACUGUUAUUGACGGCUUUGAGAUUUACUGCAACUUCGCUGUGGACAACGAAUUUGGGAUCAGCUAUAAUGUGCCACCACCGGUCGACGUUACCUUCCAAGAGUGCUUGGAUCUGUGCGAGACAGAUGAACGUUGUGUAGGAUUAUCUUAUCUGGCCGCUUCGACCACGUGCUAUCUUCACGAGGGUGAGAGCCAGGAGCCGGUGCCACGUCAAGGUGUCCACGGUGCUGUCAAAGUUGGCACUGGACCAGCACUACCAGUUGAUGUUACAACCUCGACCACAACUACCAGCACGACCACUGCCACCUCCACGACCACGAUUACUUCCACAGCUACUAGCACGAGCACAGGCACAAGCACAAGCACCACUACGGCUACAACAACGACUGUGGCUAGCGGUUCCCAGUACACCGGAGGUACCGUUCCAGAUGUGAACAACGACGGUUGCACCGCAUGCCCAGACGCAGAUGACCCAAUUGAGAACUUCGGCGGUGCUGACUAUCUCAUGAUCCGGGACAGUGGCAUUGACGGUCUCAAUUUCGUCAGCUACCCUGACGGUGAUGAUUUCCCCCAGACUUUCGAAGAAUGUGUCGAAACCUGCAACUUUAUCACGGAUGACGCUGCUGAAGGUGAACCUUGUGUCAGCGUCUCGUGGCAGACCGAUGCAGCCCUAUGCUACUACCACAAGAGCUGCUAUGCCAACAAGACAAGUCCUGCCUUCCAGAGCGCCCAGAGGGUUCCGGAGGCUUGCCUGAACGAGGCACUUCCAAAGCGUCUGUUCCGAAGGAAGUGA